AUGCACUCCACUCAGAUUAUUUUGUUAUAUGCUGCUCCUGCCUCAACAAUUACAAGCACCCCAAUCUCAAAACCUGUGAAGAAGGUUAGGAUCAGGGAGGAAGUCAAGUCUGAAGAGAUGUCUGACGCUACUUUGGGUGCCCGGAAGGGAAAUUCCAAGUCGUCAAGCCCUUUGGGUUUGCAGGCUAGUAAUCUUGGUAGAUUGCGAGGUCGGUCUCCGAUGUCAGGUUCCAACAAUGUGAUAGGUAAUCCUCACAUCGACAUGCAGCAUAUGAUUGGGGUUGCACAGAAUGCCAUGCGGGGCAACAAGCAUCGGGAUACACCCAAUGUUCGGAGUGGACCAGCUUUUGCCACAGAUCAGGUUGCUCCUAAUAGUUAUCUGGGGCGAGCAUUGAAAAAGUCGAAUGAUGGAGAAGAGACUAGUGUACCUGCUAAUGAUCCUGAUGAUCCUGACUCCUCUUCUUCAUCAUCAUCAUCAUCUUCUCCCUCAGAUGACGAGUCUGGCUCUGAAAAUGGACGUCAUAAGAAGAGGCACCACAAACGGAAGAAAUCUUCAUGUCAAUCACGUUCUCACUCACGAGACAGUACUACAUGGGAGAAACCCAUCCCUCCUUCCCUGUACAAUGGUAGCGAUGAUCCGAAAUUGGUUGCACGUUUCAUCCAAGAAUGUGAACAGUACCUGAAAAUGGCGAGGAUUAAGGAUGAGGACAAAGUCUUUGGGAUUUCGUGUUACCUUGAGGGAAAGGCACGAGACUUCUAUGACCAAAGUGUUAGUAUGAACUACAAUGAAUGGGAUCUGAAUACCUUUUUCUGGGAAAUGUUCAACUACUGUUUCCCUCGUGAUUUCUGA